AUGUCACUAUCAAUUCCAGGUCCCUCCCAGGCGGGGCUCUUCAAGGCCGGGUACCAGAGCCACGAUUCUGAAGAUGGUGCCGUUAUCCGUAACAUCGAAGCCUGCCAGGCUAUCUCAGGAACCGUCCAGACCUCCCUGGGCCCCUAUGGUCGCAACAAGAUCGUCAUUAACCACCUGCAAAAGAUGAUUCUGACCUCCGAUGCGGCUACAAUUCUUCGUGAGCUGGAUGUUGUUCAUCCCGCUGCUAAGCUGCUUGUUAUGGCGAGUCAGCAGCAGGAUGCGGAGAUGGGCGAUGGUACCAACUUGGUUAUCGUGUUGGCCGGUGAAUUGUUAAAGAAGGCAGAGGAGUUGAUCCGUAUGGGUCUCAAGACGAGUGAUAUUGUCUCCGGAUACGAGAAGGCUCAGAUCUUUGCCUUGUCGGUUCUAGAGGAGCUCGAGGUCGACAGACUCCAGGAUAUGCGAUCGGCAACAGAGUUGAGCAAGGCUCUCCGCACAGUGGUGGCUGCUAAGCAGUCUGGUACGGAGGACGUGUUGGCUGCGUUGGUUGCGGAGGCGGUUCUGGCUGUGCUGCCCAAGAACCCCGUUAACUUCAACGUCGAUAACGUGCGAGUUGUUAAGAUCAUGGGUGGUAGCUUGGAACAGUCGAAAGUGGUGAAGGGUAUGGUCUUCCCCCGGGAGCCCGAUGGAACCAUCAAGAAGGCCAGCAAGGCCAAGGUCGGCGUUUUCAGCUGCCCCAUCGAUAUCAGCCAGACCGAGACCAAGGGCACAGUUCUCCUGAAGAAUGCCAAGGAGAUGAUGGACUUCACCGCGGGCGAGGAGGAUCGUCUGGAGAUUGCCAUCAAGGAGCUCUACGAUUCCGGCCUCCGUGUGGUCGUUGCUGGCUCCACUGUUGGCGACUUGGCCAUGCACUACCUCAACCGUUUCAAUAUCCUCGUCAUUAAGAUUCUGUCCAAGUUCGAGCUCCGCCGCUUGUGCCGCGUUGUCGGUGCCACACCUCUGGCUCGCCUGGGUGCCCCCAUGCCCGAUGAGAUGGGCCAUAUCGACGUUGUAGAGACGACCGAGAUUGGCGGUGAUCGAGUGACUGUCUUCCGUCAGGAGGAUGUUAACGCUAUUACCCGUACAGCAACCAUUGUCCUACGUGGUGCCACCCAGAACCACCUGGAGGAUGUCGAGCGUGCCAUCGACGACGGCGUCAACGUCGUCAAGGCCAUCACCAAGGACCCCCGUCUCGUGCCUGGUGCCGGUGCUACGGAGAUCCAGCUCGUCGAGCGCAUUUCCAACUUCGCCGACCGAACCCCUGGUUUGCCCCAGUACGCCAUCCGCAAGUUCGCCGAGGCCUUCGAGGUCAUUCCCCGCACACUCGCCGAGUCUGCCGGUCUAGAUGCCACCGAAGUUCUCUCGCGUCUGUACACUGCGCACCACCGCGCCACUGCCCCUGGCGAAUCAUCUUCCGAGGAUGAGGGGGAGGGCAGCUCGUCUGAAGAGGAGGAACCACACUGGACUACCGGUGUGGACCUUGAGAUUGGCGAAUCUGACGGCACCCUGGACACUGUCGAGGAGGGUAUUCUAGAUCUUAUGGCCACGAAGAUGUCUGCGAUUCGUCUGGCCAGUGAGGCUGCCCGGACGGUGCUGAGCGUCGACCAGAUCAUUGUCUCGAGACAGGCAGGAGGCCCCAAGCCACCGCAGGGUGGAGGUGAUUGGGACCAGGACUAA